GAGUAAAAGCACACCUUUUGCCAGGUACUGGGCGUUACACGCCCCGCACUUGGCACUACAUCAGUGUAUCAGGCACACCUGGUUGUGCAAUGCAGGCGUCUAAAAGCCGCUGAGCAGCGAAAGCGGAAACACCCACAGGGCGCUCCUGAGUGGCUCUGACCCACCCACCGGCGGGCGGCGCCGGGGAUGGGAGGUGGCUGUGCCCCAGGCUUCUGCGCGCUGACCCUCGCCUCCCGCGCCGGGCUCGCUAGAGGGGCGCCCCCCUCCACUGCAGCCUUGGGGGCCAGGCCCGGGGAGCCGCCGGGCAGCCAUGGCGGAGCCCGAGGCCGCGGCCGAGGACCUGGACGCCCUCAUCGACGACCUGGACUACCUCCCGGGCCACUUCCACCUGGAGAUGCAGCUGAACUUCGAGCUGCGCUCGCCGGUCUCGCUCCGCGCCCGGGACCUGAAGCUGCAGCGGGAGGGACUGCGGCAGGAGCUGGAGCUGGCAGCCGCUCCGCAGCGCCCCGCCGUGCGCCACCUCCUGGGAGCCUUCGCCUUCUACCUGGAGGAGCUGGACGAGGCCCGCGAGCGCUUCCUCGAGGUGGCCCGCGAGGAUCCGGGUAACCUCAACGCCUGGGCCAAUCUGGCGCACGUGUACGGGCGGCUGGGGCAGGAGGAAGAGGAGGAGGCGUGCGCCGGGCAGCUGGCCAGCCUCAUGGGCCUGGCGGGGGACCGCGGGGCAGCCGAGGACCCCCAGCUCCGCGCUGCGCGCUGCCUGGCGGAGCAGGGCUACGCACACGGCUUCGACGUGGGCUGCGCCAGCCCGGAAGAGCGAGCUCGCGUGCUGGAGGCUGGCAUCGCGCUCUACGACAAGGCGCUGGGCUACGCGCAGCAGAUCCCGAUGGAGGAGAAAAGGGGCUGGUACUUCACCAUGGCAACGCUCUUCAUCAGGUUAGAUGGCAUAUUCCUGGAGCUGGGCAGCGAGGAGCAGAAGAGGCUGCCAGCCUUCAACCGCACGCUGGCCCUGCUGCAGCAAGUCCUCAAGUCCUCAGACCCCCACCCCCGAGCUCUGGCCUGGUGCUACCUUGGGAUGCUGCUGGAGAGGAAGGACACCUUCUCCACCACGCCCAUGGGUGUCCAUGACUGCGGGUUUUCGGGAACCGAUCCCCUGGACUGCUUUGGCAAGGCCAUCGAGAUUGCCAAGGACCAACUUCCCAUCCUUAAUCGCCUAGCCAAAAUCUUCCACUUCCUCGGAAAGCAGGACAUGGCCAUUGGCACCUGCAACAUGGCCCUGGAUGUCCUACGAGAUCCAGAGCUCAACUGGCAGGCGUACUGCACAAGGGCCAAGAUCCACAUCAGAGCCUACCUGCACGACCUGGAGCGAGGCAAGCUGGGGCUUGGGGGCAUGCCUGACAGGAACCACCUGGCCUGCGCCAAGGCCGACCUCGAGGAAGUGGUCAAGGUGUGCCCAGGCCUCAAGACCUACCUGGACAUCGGCCAGGUCUACUACUACAUGGGCGUGGACGCCGUGCAGGAGCUGCUGGCGGUGGACGAGGCGGCGCUGAACCAGGCGCUGGUCUUCCUGGCCAAGGCCGGCGAGUCGGAGCUGGGCGCCACGCUGCCGGAGCUGCAGCUGCUGCGCGGCAAGUGCCUGCGCAUCAAGGGCGAGGAGGCCAACGCGGCGGCUUGCUUCAAGCGCGCCGUGGAGCUGGACGACGCGGGCUGCAGCCACGCCGAGGGCUUCGGCUGCCUGCUCGAGGCGCUGCUGGCGCAGUGGAGCCAGGCGCAGCUCAGCGACGGCGAGGUGGGCCGCGAGGUGGACGUGUGGCUGCGGCGCGCCCAGGACAAGUACCCGGCGGCGCGCCUGCGGCAGGAGCUGCAGCGCGUGUGGCGCGCGCACACGGACGAGGUGCUGGGGCUGGCCCGGGCCUUGGUGGCCCAGGGACGGCCGGCGCUGGUGCGGCUGCUCUUCGAGACCAUGGAGCACAAGGGCGAGGGCGCGAGCUCCCUGCGGGAGCGCCGCGCGUUCUCCGUCUGAGGGUCCCUGAGUCUCCCCGCCCUCCCCACCGCUCGGAGAUGGUUGGACCUGGUCCAGGCGCUGGAAACCGGCUCGCUGUGCCAUAGGCUGGUGGGUAAGUGGAGCCCAUCAGACUGUCUUCCGGGAGUUGGAAUGGGGACCUUGAGACACAAGGACAGUUGGACGCGUCCACGGAGGCAAAAGAGCCUGAUCCAGGACAGCAAGGGAGGCUGGGGGCAGACGCGAGAGGCCAGCGGGAAACUGCCAAUGGGAAGGCCCAAAUUGUGCAAAUAUGCAGAAAAGUAACAUGGCGUCUCCCAAGAGAUGCAGAAGAUAAUUGCCUCCAUUUGGGCAGGUACUCUAGUACCCAGGAGCCUGUUACUGGAUUCCCGUGAGCCACGCUCUAUCCUUAUAAUAAGGCCCCCUCUACUGGAGUAGGUCUCAGGUCUGGCAGUGGGAGAAGUCGUGGCUAGAACAGAGGGCACAGCUGCCAGAUAAGGGCAGGGCCGCAGCCUACACCUGGCUGCUCAGCGCUCUUUCCUUCCCUCUUAACAGUCUUCCAGCAGGCCUCAUUCUUGGCCAACUUGGUCUGAAAGACCCUCAAACUCCCUGAAAUAAGGCCCAUUGGUAGAAUCUUCCCUUGACUUCUGUAUUCUUAGGAGAAUGUAAGGGCCCCACCCAAGGAAGUGCACCCUGUGCCCAAUCUCAAACCUUCUACCAGACACUGAAAAAAUCUUGGAAUUUUACACUCUUGAAAUCGAAGUUAUAGAAUCAUAGAUGUAGAAUUUUAUUGUCAAAGACUUCAGCUUUGAUUGUUAGCAAAUCUGGGAACCAUCAAGCUAGAUUCUUAUGGUCUUACUAACAAGAGCUGCUGCUGCUGCUAAGUCGUUUCAGUCGUGUCCGACUCUGUGCGACCCCAUAGACGGCAGCCAACCAGGCUCCCCCGUCCCUGGGAUUCUCCAGGCAAGAACCCUGGA